CUCGACCUCGCUCUGUUUCGCCCGGGACUUCUCUGCGAGCAAACUAGCAAUGGCGUCUUCGAUCUCGACGUGCCGCGGCCUCUCGCCCUCCCAAUUCUCCCCCAAGAACCGAGUUCCUCACCAACCCACUUCCUUCUUGCCCUCGCCCACCGCCAAUCUGUCCUCAAAAUCGAACCUUCUUGCUGUUCAGUUCUUGAACACGGCGCGCCUCCCGCUUCACUCUCCGACCAGGAAGUCCCUCUCCGUCGUCGCCAUGGCUCCUCCUAAACCCGGUGGCAAACCCAAGAAAGUGGUUGGGUUGAUAAAGCUCGCGCUGGAAGCUGGGAAAGCCACUCCUGCGCCCCCCGUGGGGCCUGCGCUCGGUGCCAAGGGCGUUAACAUAAUGGCCUUCUGCAAAGAUUACAAUGCCAAGACCGCCGAUAAAGCCGGUUAUAUUAUUCCCGUGGAAAUCACUGUUUACGACGAUAAGAGCUUCACUUUCAUUUUGAAGACCCCUCCAGCUUCAGUUCUACUACUUAAGGCUGCAGGUGUGGAGAAAGGUUCGAAGGACCCAAAGAUGGAGAAAGUCGGGAAGAUCACCAUCGACCAACUGCGUGUGAUUGCUACGGAGAAGUUGCCAGACUUGAAUUGCACCACUAUAGAAUCGGCCAUGAGAAUAAUAGCUGGAACCGCAGCUAAUAUGGGUAUCGAUAUCGACCCACCUGUUCUUGAGCCCAAAAAGAAAGAACUUGUGUAGUCCUGUCGAUUCUCUGUUGCUAUAAGUUUUGCCUCAUGGCGCUUAGAGUUGAGUAUCGUAAGAUUUUCCAAAAAUUCCCGCAUUUGGCGAAUGUCUGUAACUCAUUUUUUUGUUGGCAAGAAAAGUAUAGCUUAGCGAAAUGGUGUAGAUUCAGCUUUGUAAAUCGUCUUGUUCAUCCACGGUUUGAAUGCUGAGAAUGGUGCUUGUCUGGGCA